UGAACUGCCACAGACAUUGCUCAUUGCACUGAAGCAACAGAAUAUCAAAUAAGAACUUUACCAUGUAUUUUAAUUUACCCAUCUUGGUGCUUCUUUGUCUUAUUGUUUUCUCUGUUGCUUCCAUUGAAGGGGCUAAAACUGAAAGGGUUACUGAUGAUUCACGAUUUUUGGUUUUUAAUGGUACUACAGGAAUCUCUUUUACCACUUUCACGGUUCUUAAGGCCUCAACAACCAUCACGUCUACUUUGACAUCAACAACCAGUUGUACUACCUCGACGGCCACAUUGACAACAUGCACCAUUGGCCGCCGUCGUCGUGGGCUCUUUUAUGACGAUGCUUCAACACAGGGAAGAAAUCGUCGUGGACUUUUUUACAACGAUGACGAAGCAGAUAACAAGGAUGGCACAGUUUUCCUUCCUAGUUUAAUCAAAGGUUCGGAUAACCCUGUCGACGAGCUUCAACCGAAACUAGCAGUAGAUGAAACAUCUGUCAUUCCUCUUGUUAUUGAGCCUGGUUUUGAGUUACCCGAAGGAAGCCCCGUUAAUCGUUUUUUGGUGGCAUUUGGCACCAAUACAGUGACAUCUUACACCAUUGCAACCUCAACCGUUACUUUGACAGCCAUUUGCAGUAGCACAACUGGAUUUCCGCUCUGUGGAAAUGUUGGAAAAUAAAAUCUUCUUUCAGAAAGUCUCUACAUUCCUGAAUCCAUUGGUCAUCAAUUUAACAUUAUAUAUGAUUCUCGUUUAACGAGAAGCAAUGCAAUCAAGCAAUAAUAUUUGCCACAUUAGUUAUUUAUUCAACCUAUGUGAAUUGUUCAACUACAGAUAAAUAAAAUGUCAGCAGCA